UUGAAGUGGAACUUUACUGCGCAUGCACUGUAGAUCUGCUAUCAUUUUUUUGGAGUGACAAUGGAUUACAUGGGUAUCCAAGUAGAAACUCUUGAGCCAGCAGAAGAUUUGGAAGCUGAGUCUACGACGGAAGUAGUCAUGAUCUCUGCUUUGUGUAACAUUACGGCUGCUAACUUUACUGGCUGUAACGUCACUGGUGAAGAAGUUUCCAGCAUCCCAAGUUCUCAGCUGGAACGGAUCGUUAGCAUUGUGGUUCCUAUCCUUUUUGGAAUCAUAGUCAUCGUUGGAUUGAUUGGCAACUUGCUGGUGGUUGUGGUGGUCAUUUUCAAUCCUCUAAUGAGAUCAACCACCAACCUGCUGAUCAUCAACCUGGCUGUGGCUGACCUUCUCUUUAUCGUAUUCUGUGUGCCCUUCACAGCCUGGGACUAUGCGCUUCCUUACUGGCCUUUUGGCGACAUCUGGUGUCGCAUAGUUCAGUACCUGGUGAUCGUGUGUGCUUAUGCUAGUAUCUAUACUCUCGUCCUCAUGUCUAUGGACCGCUUCAUGGCCGUCGUGCACCCAGUCAGCUCAAUAUCCAUCCGCACGGAAAAUAACGCCUACAUUGCCAUCACAGUCACGUGGUCACUGAUCCUCUUAGCCUGCUUGCCUGUCCUUCCGGCUCAUGGCGAAGUGACCUAUGAUGUGGGGUCACAUAAAUACUCCAUGUGUGUGUUCCUUCAAGAAGGCUACAACUACCCUGCUUACCAGGUAUCCUUCUUCCUCUCCUCUUACGUGGUGCCCCUCGUGCUCAUCUUCUGCCUGUACGUGCUGAUGUUGAAGAGGUUGUGGUUCCACGUGGCUCCGGGAGGAAAAGUCAGCGCCGGGAGCCAUAAGUCCAAGAAGCGGGUUACCCGGAUGGUAGUGAUAGUGGUCGUCAUCUUUGCCGUCUGCUGGUGUCCCAUUCAGAUCGUAUUGCUUCUCAAAAGCUUGGACAAAUAUGAGUUGAAGUUACGACCCAGUCGAGUUAUUUUCCAAGUGGCUUCACACAUUCUAGCUUAUAUGAAUUCCUGCGUUAAUCCGAUCUUGUACGCUUUCCUGUCCGAAAACUUCCGCAAAGCUUUCCGCAAAGUGGUUACAUUCGUACCCACCAGACGGCGGUCGAAGUCGAAGAGCAAUAGACAAGCUUGCGAACCUGCCGAAAGAGAGACAGCAGCCACAAAAAACACCUUCACCACAAAGCUAAAUAAUGAUAUUGUGUGAAAAAACGUUUCAAACUAUAGUAUCGUCUUGUUGUUCCCAAACUACAGUGUCGUUGAAUGUUUUCUUCUGUCGUGUUAGUGCUCAUCGCAAAACUUCUGUUCAGAGGAUCCUUCUUAUCAACUAGAGUGACUGCUAAAAAUUAUAACUAUGUCUUGGUGAUUCAAUAUUCGCUCCUUAUUAUUGUCUACAUAUUAUUCAUUUCAUUUACGGAUAUUGAAACUUUUGCUAAACAAAAUCACGUGAACUAUAUUUAUUAAAAUAUUAAAGGUUCGACACUGACUGAGAUGUGCCAUUUACAUUGACUUGUGAGUGGAUAAUACGUUCUACAAGAGGUCAGUUUCAAUAACAGGCCGAAGAACAUUAAUGAUUUAAAACAAACUUAAUAUACUUAAAACGAGGGUUGUAUUUUAUCUUGGCUUGUGAGUGGAUAAUACGUCCUACAGGAGAUCAGUCUCAGGAGCAGGCCUUAGAAUAUGGUUGAUUUAACACAAACUUAAUAUACUUAAAACGAGGGGUAUAUUUUAUCUUGACUUGUGAGUGGAUAAUACGUCCUACAAGAGGUCAGUUUCAAUAACAGGCCGAAGAACAUUGAUGAUUUAAAACAAACUUAAUAUACUUAAAACGAGGGGUAUAUUUUGUCUUGACUUGUGAAUGGAUAAUACGUCCUACAAGAGGUCAGUUUCAAUAACAGGCCUUAAAACAUUGUUGAUUUAAAACAAAUUUAAUAUACUUAAAACGAGGGGUAUAUUUUGUCUUGACUUGUGAAUGGAUAAUACGUCCUACAAGAGGUCAGUUUCAAGGAACAGGUCUUAGAACAUUGUUGAUUUAAAACAAACUUAAUAUACUUAAAACGAGGGGUAUAUUUUAUCUUGACUUGUGAGUGGAUAAUACGUCCUACAAGAGGUCAGUUUCAGGAACAGGUCUUAGAACAUUGUUGAUUUAAAACAAACUUAAUAUACUUAAAACGAGGGAUAUAUUUUACUUGUUGUUUUUCAACGUGUGACACGUGACUCAAAACACUGUUUAUCCUCGAUAACCACAGUUGCAGUGAAAAUAAACUAGCAGCGAUGCCAAGAAAUAAAACAUCCGCAACUUUGGUGUAUAUAAUAGACUUCAAAAUCAAGAUUACAAAGAAGACCUCAUCUUAUAAGUGGUUAUUCUACUUUACUGGUUUCGCGUAGCUAAAGAUCGUACGUGAAAACGGAAAAAGAAAGCUUUUGCACGAGGAGACUCUGAACGGUUUUCCAUUGCAAGAAGGAUGAGAAAUGAAGAGAUGGGGGUCCUAUUAUCUUAAUAGAUGUAUAUAUAUAUAUAUAUAUAUUGUUAACUGUCAAAGUUAAUGUUGUUCUUUUCACUCAUAUCUUUAAGAAUUCAAUGUUGAAUAAAAUUGUUAAUUAUUGUGUUUUCUAUGUUGUGCAGCGAGGUAAGGUCUGGCUUGGUUUCCUCGUGAAAAUGGGGCUCUACGAAGGAAACCAAUUCACCUGCCGAUAGCACUGCGAGUUAAUGAUAUUGUGGCAGAAGAUAAAAUCUUUGAGAAUAACUACUGAGGUAAAAUUGUGAGUAGCUUCAGCUUGUUAGUAUGGGGAUUUAUUGAGGUGAAAUUACGAGAAUCCUGAGCUCGUUAAUUUGGUAUUCAAUUGAGGUGAUAUUGCGAGAAAACUGGUUUUGUAGCGAUAUUGGUCGAACCCUUGAAAUAUUGAAGUAUACGUGUAUUCAAAUAGAUAUUUUCUGUACCUUGUUGGUUGCAUGUGCGAUAUCAAUG